UGCUUGUUGCGUACGGACCAGCGGGCCGAUUCUCCGACCGUCCCACCGUCGUAGUACGCAGUAAAACGGUGGUGUUUUCCCGUUGGAAAACUUCGCGACACAUCGAUCGAUCGGCGGGCGAUGAAUCACAUUAAGCGGGACGGUCGACGGCCCAACUCUGGUUCCUUCUUCCUCUUGCCCCAGUGACGGCGGCUGACCACCAACGAAUCGCGCAAAGAACCUGCUUGUGGUCGAAGAGGGCAAAACAAAGAACAUUGCUGCUGCUGCUGCUGGUUCGUGUUGCCGAGUGUCGAGUUCUGUUUGUUCACGGUGCAUUCCCUGCGGUGUGUGCGGAAUUAGGGGCAAGGCCAUCGCAAAUGCUAUCGAUAAAAGAGGCCCCGUUUUUCGUGCAUUAUCCGUUGAGUGAGUUUCCUUAGUGCUCACUGGUUCGCGAAGGGCAGAAGACGCUAGACACAUUUGGAAGGCGCGCGCGUUACGAUCGGUUGCCGUCCGGUGCUGGUGACGGUCGUGUGUUUGGCCUGUGUGUGUUUGCGAACGGUGCCGAGAAGGGCGACUUUCAAUCGACGGCGACCGCGGCGGCGGAAGGCCGUGGGCUGGCCUAUUACGUAGUUGCUGCAGCGCCAGCCGACGACGACGACGACGUUCAUCGGAGAGCAAAACCACGACGACCGCCCGCAGCCAGAAGGGUGGAAGAAGUACGAAGAAUAGCCCUAUGCCUACUGUGUGUGCGCAUGCAAACCAUAUGAUGACCGCCGCUCCAUCAGUAGGCGAUGCGAAAUAAGCCUUUGAGCAUCUCGUUUCGAGUGUAGCGCUGAGAAGUACAAGAAUGCGAAACUUGCCAUCAUCCCGGUCGACGCGGAAGGGCCGAACGGAGCGUGUCUGAACCUGUGGGACAUAAUGUGGGUUCAUUGCAGUAUCUCUUUGUUUGCAUACACUGGUUUUGUUUACAUUGCGAAGAGCUGAGCGCGGACGGGCGGUUGGGAGCGAUCGACGGCAUCAUUACCCCGUGCAUAAGGAAGGGCUGGCUCGUGAAGGGCACACAAAGAACGCUCCAGCAUGAUGGCCGAUUUCGAUGCAAUCUACGAGGAGCAGGAGCUGUCCGAGGAGAACCUGGACGAGACACACGUGCAGAUGGUUCCGGAUCCGAUUGUAAUCCGUGGCGCGGGCAAUAUGACAGUGUUUGGCCUGAGCAAUCGAUUCAACGUGCAGUUCCCAGCCGGUCUGGUAUCGCGCGUAGCGCCAGAAGAAUUCAAAGCGACCGUGAUGCGAAUCAAUGCCGUGUUGAAGAAGACGCUCCCGGUGAACGUAAAGUGGCUGUUUUGCGGUUGUGUCUGCUGCUGCUGCACGCUAGGGUGUUCUCUAUGGCCUGUGAUAUGUUUAAGUAAGAGGACACAGCAUACGCUAAACAAACUGCUCGAGUGGGAAAACAGUCAUCUUUAUCACAAACUCGGGCUGCACUGGCGGUUGAGCAAGCAGCAGUGCGAUUCCAACUCCAUGAUGGAGUACGUACUGUUGAUAGAGUUUAUACCGAAAACACCGAUCUACCGGCCGGAUUAGAGAGCCGUUGGCACAAGGCCGCCAGACCCCGGAGAGAGAACGCCCAUCGGCCUGGAACGGCGGCGGCAGUGGCUCCCGGCAUCGAUCUAAACAAUAUCAACCAUGUAUUAUUAACUAUCGAUUUCGUGAACUGUAAGAGCGUACUAGUGAAAAUUUUAUCAUCAUUAUUUUAAUCAAACUAACGCCCCGUCUUAUCAUGUGCUGCACAGAGUUCAGCCCGCCUCACAGUCAAACAAGUAGGGUGUUAAUUAGCGUUUUGUGAGCUUUUUACUCGUACAAAAGAAGAGAUGAGAUCUUUCGUCGCCAUAAUACGGUUCUCCGAUUGUUUGAUUAUUUUACUCUACGGUAGGGGAACGGUGCGGAUUGUGAUGAAAUCGUAACCUAACUUGUAACACACCGAAUAAUGCUGUGUGGUAAUGCUA